AUGGAUACCACGAUUCACUAUGACAAUGGCUACGAGGAUGAGUACAUGUUACAGGAGGAUGAAUGGGACAGGGACAUGCUUCUGGAUCCUGCCUGGGAACAACAGCAGAGAAAAACUUUUACAGCUUGGUGCAACUCUCACUUGAGAAAAGCUGGGACCCAGAUCGAAAACAUUGAGGACGAUCUAAGGAACGGCCUCAAGCUCAUGCUACUUUUGGAAGUGAUUUCAGGUGAAAGAUUACCAAAACCAGACAGAGGGAAGAUGCGGUUUCAUAAGAUCGCUAACGUAAACAAAGCGUUGGAUUUUAUAACGAGCAAAGGCGUUAAACUGGUCUCAAUUGGUGCCGAAGAGAUUGUUGAUGGAAACGCGAAAAUGACACUUGGAAUGAUCUGGACCAUUAUUCUGCGCUUUGCCAUUCAGGACAUCUCUGUGGAAGAAACCUCUGCAAAAGAAGGUCUUCUCUUGUGGUGUCAGAGGAAGACUGCUCCCUACCGGAACGUCAAUGUCCAGAACUUCCAUAUCAGCUGGAAGGACGGCCUGGCUUUCUGCGCCCUGAUUCACAGACACAGACCCGACCUCAUCGACUACUCUAAGCUCAACAAGGAUGAUCCGCUGGGGAACCUAAACCUGGCUUUUGACAUUGCAGAGAAACACCUGGACAUUCCCAAAAUGCUGGAUGCAGAAGAUAUCAUCAACACCCCCAAGCCUGAUGAGAGAGCCAUCAUGACCUAUGUUUCUUGCUUUUACCACGCGUUCGCCGGCGCUGAACAGGCAGAAACCGCCGCCAACAGGAUCUGUAAAGUGCUGGGAGUAAACCAGGAGAAUGAAAAAAUGAUGGAGGAAUAUGAGAGACUGGCCAGUGAGCUGCUGGAGUGGAUCCGCCGCACCACUCCUUGGUUGGAGAAUCGGGCCCCAGAGAAGACCAUGGCUGAGAUGCAGAGGAAGCUGGAGGACUUCAGGGACUACAGGCGUCAGCACAAACCCCCGAAGGUCCAGGAGAAGUGCCAACUGGAAAUUAACUUCAACACACUGCAAACCAAGCUACGCAUCAGUAACCGCCCUGCCUUCAUGCCCUCAGAAGGAAAGUUGGUGUCUGAUAUAGCCAGCGCAUGGCAGGGUCUGGAGCAGGCUGAAAAGGGUUAUGAGGAGUGGCUUUUAACUGAGAUUCGGAGGUUGGAAAGACUGGACCACCUGGCUGAGAAGUUUCGCCAAAAAGCUACAAACCAUGAGAACUGGGCUACUGGUAAGGAGCUGAUCCUCUCACAAAAAGACUAUGAAACUGCCUCCCUGACAGAAGUGAGAGCCUUACUUCGUAAACAUGAGGCCUUUGAAAGUGACUUGGCCGCCCACCAGGAUAGAGUGGAGCAGAUUGCUGCCAUUGCACAGGAGCUGAAUGAACUUGAUUACCAUGAUGUGGCUGGGGUGAACCAACGCUGUCAAAGUAUCUGUGAUUUAUGGGACCGACUCGGGACUCUGACUCAGAAGAGAAGAGAGGCGCUUGAGCGCACUGAGAAGCUGCUGGAGACCAUUGAUCAGCUCUUCCUGGAGUUUGCAAAGAGGUCAGCGCCAUUUAACAACUGGAUGGAAGGAGCCAUGGAGGACCUGCAGGAUAUGUUCAUAGUCCAUACCAUUGAAGAGGUUCAGAGCCUGAUCGCAGCUCACGAACAGUUCAAAGCAACUUUACCUGAAGCCGACGCAGAGAGACAGGCCAUUUUAGGAAUCCACAACGAGGUGCUGAAGAUUUCCCAAAGUUACGGGAUCAAGGCUGCUCUUGUCAAUCCCUACAGCGCAAUCACCACGGAAGAGCUUCUUGAAAAAUGGGACAAGGUGAAGAAACUGGUCCCUCAAAGAGACAGUGCCCUUCAGGAGGAGAUGGCCCAACAGCACUCCCAUGAAAGACUGAGACGUCAGUUUGCUGCCCAGGCUAAUCUCAUCGCCCCUUGGAUACAGGCCAGGAUGGAGGAAAUUGGACGCUGCUCCUUGGAGAUCACUGGUGCCCUUGAGGACCAGAUGACCCAUCUGAAACAGUGUGAGCAUGUCAUAGUGGCCUACAAACCCAACAUCGACAAACUGGAAGGAGACCACCAGCUCAUCCAAGAGUCCCUGGUGUUUGAUAACAAGCACACGAACUACACUAUGGAGCAUAUCCGUGUUGGCUGGGAACUGCUCCUCACCACAAUCGCUCGUACCAUUAAUGAAAUUGAGACCCAGAUUUUGACUCGUGAUGCAAAGGGAAUCAGUCAGCAGCAGAUGAAUGAGUUCAGGUCUUCUUUUAAUCACUUUGAUCGGAAAAAAAAUGGAGCGAUGGAGACUGAUGACUUCCGAGCUUGUUUGAUCUCAAUGGGAUACGAUUUGGGAGAGGCGGAAUUUGCUCGGAUCAUGCUGCUUGUUGACCCCAGUGCCACCGGAAUUGUGUCCUUCCAGUCGUUCAUUGACUUCAUGACCCGAGAGACUGCGGACACUGACACCGCUGAGCAGGUGGUGGCAUCCUUCCGCAUCCUGGCAUCUGAUAAGCCCUACAUACUUGUAGAGGAGCUGAGGAGAGAGCUUCCCCCAGAGCAGGCAGAGUACUGCAUUAUGAGAAUGCCACCGUACAAAGGCCACGGAGCACCGGCCGGCUCACUCGACUACACCGCCUUCUCCACUGCCCUCUAUGGAGAGAGCGACCUUUAA